AUGAGUGCAGUAGCAUCAUCGUCUACAGCAGUGGUUAGCAGCAGUUCGAAUAGUUCCGUCAUUUGCAAUAAACCAUCGAAAAGACGAAAUGGAACAUUUCGUGUUUUGGCGGAAGACUGCUCACAAUUUGCACUGGGUGAUGAAUUUGAUAGCGAUUUCCAUCAGGUACUGACGGAUUGCGAACGGUAUACGUUGGAACUGGAUCCGGUGCUAGAUGAACCGUUAAUUAAUCGCUCUAAUACUGGUGACUGUUUGCACGAGAAACUAAAUAAGAAUGCAUUAAGGGGAUCAUAUGCGAUACAUCAUGAAAGGGAAAUUUCUAGGCUAACAGAUGAAGUAGAAAUCGAUGGUGAUUCAGCAUCGGAUGAGUUGGAUUUAUUGCCACCUUUACCGCCUUGUUCAACCUCAGGGCGAAAGUUUCCAAAAUGGAAAAUAAAAUUGCCAAAUUGGUUACUUUGUCGUAAUCCUCGGGUUCCAAUGAAAUGCAUUAUUAUGUAAUUUAUUCGAGUUUUA